AUGGAGGCCCAACCGCCGCCGCCGCCGCCACCACCACGAGUGCGCCCGAGCUGUUACUCCAACUGUGAGUACUCCAUCAACAUGCAGAUCAACUUGGAGCUCUACGCCUCCUCCGUCUAUCUGUCCAUGAGCUGCUAUUUCGGGCGUGAUGAUGUUGCUUUGAGACACUUAGCCCAGUUCUUUCUGCGCCUGUCGAGCGAGGAGAGAGCACACGCUGAGAAGCUGAUUCAGUUCCAGCACCAGCGCGGGGUGCACACCAAUCUCCCUGACAUCCAUGUGUGUGAUGACUGGGAGACUGGACCAAAGGCCAUGAAUUUUGCCCUCAGCCUAGAGAAGCAUGUGAAUCAGAACCUGUCCAAUCUGCACAAACUGGCCACCGAUAUGAAUGAUACCCAAUUGUGUGACUUCCUGAACAACCACUAUCUGCAUGUUCAAGUCAAGUCCAUUAAUAACCAGACAAAAUUGAGGACCCCAGAAGAGGACCUGGCAGAGUACUUCUUUCACAAGCUUACCCUGGAUGACUAACAGAACUGAGCCUGGACUGCCUUACCCAUAGCUAUGAGCUACAUAGUAUAAUAUCACUCUUGGAAAACAUUGUUUCAGCUUUUUUUUCAUCCAUGCCAUUUAUUCAAAUAAAAUCACUUGUUUCUUAAGCAAAUAAAGGCCUCUAGUUUGUGUCUGUAA